CGUCAUCAUCAUCAUCAUCAUCAUCUUCAUAAUUCAUUUCAUCAUCAGUUCUAUGAAUUAAAUCAUUAUUAGAAUCUUCAUUGCCAGAAUCAACUCCAGAAUCGUGUUCAGACAUGUUUUCUAUAUAUUUCGAUUGAAUGAUUGAUUUGUUUGUCAAAUUGUAUUUCGUAAUUUGAAAAACAAUAUUGAAAUAAAACAACAAUUUCGAGCGCGUAUACAUGCAUUGUAUAAACCAAGCAUCUCACACAUGUGUUUAUUGUACGCAAUCGCAAUUUAUUGAGUCUGAAUGAUAAAAAUUCAAACCGUUGCAACUGUCAAUUUUACUCGAUUUGUUCAAACAAACAAAACGAUGGAGCAAAAAAUAAUCGAUGAAUUUGGUGAAAAAACUUCAUUAUCAGCAGCAUUUCUAAAAUGUUUUGAUCAUUCAUUGGUGAAAGAAGCAACCAAAUUGGCAUGGAAUCUAGCUAGAUUGGGUAUCGAUUUAGAUCAAUCUAAACCAUUUGAUCCAAAUGUCAGUGAAGACAUUCUGAAACAACUGGAUAAACUAUAUUGUACAUUGGGACAAACAACCUAUAGUGAUGAAAUUGAAAAAUUGGAAAAACAAUCCAACGAUUGUGAUAAAAUGAUUGAAAAAUUAAUGAAAUUAAAAUCAAAAAUGGAACAUUUCGAUGAUGAAAAAAUAGCACAAGAAAAACGUGAAAAUAUUGAAAAAUUGAAUGAAGAAUUACAAAAAUUGGAUGGAUCAGAAAAACUAUCAAUGAUUGGUAAUGAAAAAAUCAAUGAAAUUGAAUUGGAUUUUCUUUUGGAUGAAAUUGCUAAAAAUAAACAAUAUCGAUCACAAUUACAAUCAUUAAUGGAUGAAUUGGAUGGAUUUAUUGAUGUUGAUCAAAAUGAAAUAACCGAAAUAUGGCUUGAUGAACGAAUAAAACAAUUGGAACGAAAAUUUCGUAGCUUUCUACCAGAAACAUUAAAUGGUACAAUAUCAUCAUCAUAUGUAUUUGGUUCGAUUUGUUAAAAAAAAUUUUUAUCACCACCAUCAGAUGUCGCUAAUGGCUAUGAAAAUUAACAAAAAAUAAACAUUCGAAAAAUUUCAUUUCAAAUUGAUUUUCAUACACACACACACUCGUUAUA